AUGCGAGUGUGCAGUGAAGGACAGCAUGCUACAGCAACACCUGACCGUGGACUGUUCCUCCUUUCUGAUCUCUUCCUAAAAGGUUUGGCAUCUGUCGUCAAAGGCCCUUCGAUGUUGAACGCUUCACUUGGUGAGACGCUGUGUGUAAAGUGUCAAUAUCGAAAAGAUUAUUAUAACUACAACAAGUACUGGUGCAGAGGCUCUGAUUGGGGGAGCUGUACAUACGUCGUUAAGACUGACGGGACUGAGAAAGAACGGAGAAAUGGCAGAAAUGUUAUCAAGGACAAUCAGACGGAAUUUGAAUUCAUAGUGAGAAUGGAGAACAUCACAAAGGAAGAUGCUGGCAUUUAUUGGUGUGCCAUAGGCAGAUCCUUGGCUGCUGAUCCCAAUUGGAAAGUAAAUAUUACAGUUAUUAGAGUAACCAUAGGGCUGCCACCUACCGGUAUUACAACAACAGGAUAUUUUUCCACCACCUCAACCUUCCCUGCUGAAACUACAGAGAUAAGUUCAAAUAGAGACUUUGAUCUCAUGAUCUUGCUACCUGUGGUUCUUGGGUUACUGGUGCUAAUUUUAGGUGGAACUAUACUGUUGAUGUGGAAGCUAAAGAAGAAAAAAGCUACCAAAAUCUCUAAGGGUCCCCUUCCAUCUACGGUUUCUCCUUCAUCUGAUCAAGCCACAGAUGGCACAGAAGUGGCAUAUACAACUGUAGGACCAACUCAGCCUUUUACUUCUCAGUCUCAGGUUUCUAAAAACAGAGAAAAGAUUGAUUAUGCAUCCUUCAGAUUUUCUACCUUAAGUGACCAACCUAUCUACGCUAAUGCGUGAAAAGAAGACAAUCAAGCCACGCCAGAGAAGUUCUCCUUAUAUGAACUGGGGGGAAAAGGAUUCAGAACCUUCCCUGACCUUCUGUUCCAGCUGCUUCAACAGAAGACCACAACCCUUCAGCAUCGCUUACAUUACUGCAGAGAUGCGAUAAAAUAAAGCCCAUCUUUUUGACCUAAGUGGAAUGGCACUCCAGAGCCAUCUUCAGGGACGUGUGUUCAGCCAAAGUCUCUAAAAACUGUCCUCCUGGGCUACAACAUCCACAGUUCCCCAGCCAAGCAACCCAUGGGUUUGUGUCAGGGAUGGGUUCUAGCCAGCAUUACUGCCUUUUUGCUCAUGCGCACGCUUUGUGUGUGCGCGCGCUGGAUGUGCACUGUGCACGCAUGCACAGUUCAAUGGAAAUUGUUCUGUGCAUGCGCAGAACUCCCAAAAAAGAUGUCGGUGGCAACGGCGAUGACUGGGGAACUGGUUCAGGGGCGUAGCCAGCUUGGGUUGCUGCUGGUUCUGCAACCAAGGCCAGCAUAUCACUCCCAGUUCGGCCAAACUGGGCCGAACUGGUAGGAAGCCACCUCUGGUUUGUGUGAUAUGUUUUGUAGUUCAACACUUUGAAAAUCCCCUGGAUUUGCUCCUCCCUUAGGACAAUCUUGCCAAUAGCCUCAGGAUUCAUUCAAGCACAUGGACUAUUUAAAUCCAGCAGAGUACCUAAGCAAUUCUGCAGGUAUCUGUCUGAUUAACCUGGCAGGUAAACAUCCUUGCUUAGUUUUUCUCUCUCUCCAUCAUUUGUA